AUGAUUAUCAUUGUCUUGUUGGUGUGUACCUUUCUCAAUGGUCAGGGGCUAUCAACUGACGGGAGAAGUAAAGAUGUCACUCAAGAAGGGAGUACAGUGGAAAGAUCAGCUUCAGGUGCUCCCGCUGAUUGUUGUGGACUUCCGGGUCGGGAUGGUCGGGACGGAAGAGACGGAAUCCAGGGGCCUUAUGGGCCGCCCGGACCACCGGGGCAGAAAGGGCCUCCAGGACCUCAGAGUGUGAUAAAUCUGGACAAUCAAUUGGACAAGAUUUUCCAGACUCUCGUACAACGAUUGGCUGGUGCCAACAUCGGCCGUUCUGGUGUGAACACCGGAGACGGUACAACGAGAACAGAGGAAGACACAAACUCCAUAAGUCAUGGAGGAGCUGUCUACACCCGCUGGGGAAGAAAUAUCUGUCCGGAUCAUUCGGAAAGACUAUACUCAGGUAUAAUGGCUGGCUCUCUCUACUCGCAUAAAGGAAGCGGAGCUAACCAGUUGUGUCUCCCACUGGAUCCCCAGUUCAACAAAACCUACCCUGGACAUCAAUCCAAAUCGUAUCUGUAUGGAACUGAGUUUCAGAUAAGUUCUGGGAAUGAUGUCUUCCGCACAACAAACUCGGGGGGAGUCUUUCCUCAUGACAGAGAGGCUCAAUGUGCUGUGUGUUAUACUCCGGGAAGGUUGAGUCAUCUGAUGAUCCCAGCCCGACUCGAGUGUCCAUCGGGAUGGACCGUGGAGUACCUGGGAUUUCUUAUGUCCCAACACCACACGUUCCACAAGUCUGAGUACGUGUGCGUGGACCAGGAUCCAGAUACUCAUCCCGCCACCGCUGCUAACCUAGACGGAAAUCUCCUAUACGUGGUGGAGGCGGCGUGUGGCUCACUACCUUGUCCACCAUAUGUGGACGGUUAUGAGAUUACCUGUGUCGUUUGCACAAAAUAA